AUGGGCAUCAUCCACGUAGUCAUAUUCGAAUUCAAGCAAACGGCAAGCCAAGACGAAGUGCAAGAUGCAUGCAAGCGUAUGCUCGCUCUCAAAAACGAUUGUCUACACCCGACAACCAACAAGCCGUAUGUAAAAUCGUCCAUUGGCGGAAGGAACAACAGCCCUGAGGGACACGCGCGCGGGUUGACGCAUGCGUUCGUGUCCGAGUUCGAAAACGAAGAGGAUAGGAAGUACUACCUCGAGAAGGACCCGGCGCAUCUAAGUUUCGUGGAGAGUCUUGGGCCGGUUGUCCAGAAUGUAUGCGUUGUUGAUUUCACGCCGGGUGUAUUCUGA